AAUAACAGUCUCUGGGCUUUUGCACGACUCAGGUAGGGAUGUUUUUUGUUAAAUAAAUACGAGGACAGGACCUGAAUAAACGACGGAUUCCUGAAGCUUGUUGGGUUUUUUUUUCCUCCGGAGCGCACGUUUUCUGUUUGGCAGAGUGAUGAAUGAAAAUCAGAGGAAAACACAAGAAGAGAACAAAAUCCGAGCUUGCCGCGGAUGCGAGAGUGCAGAGAUGCUGUGGGCACAACUGUGACUGAAUAAAGUCAUAAUAAAUCUAUUAUAGGCUUAGAAUAAAACCCGAAAGCAGCGACUUAAGUUCUGCAGCAGUGUGAUUGUGCCGUUCACGGAUCAGAUGCGGCAGAUGUGAGUUUUGCUGAAGACCCUCUUUCACACAGACCGGAGGAUGGUCCCCGGGGCCCCCAGCACGACCACCACCAUGCUCCCCGCCUCCGAGGCUGCCAAAAUCUACCAGACCAACUACGUGCGCAACUCCCGCGCCAUCGGUGUCCUGUGGGCCAUCUUCACCAUCCUCUUCGCCAUCGUUAACGUGGUGUGCUUCAUCCAGCCGUACUGGAUCGGAGAUGGUCUAGACACCCCGCAGGCGGGCUACUUCGGUCUGUUCCACUACUGCAUCGGGAACGGGCUGUCCCGGGACUUGACCUGUCAGGGCAGCUUCACCGAGUUCAGCGCCAUCCCCUCCGGCGCGUUCAAGGCCGCCUCCUUCUUCAUCGGCAUGUCCAUGGUGCUGGUCCUCACCUGCAUCGGCUGCUUCGCGCUCUUCUUCUUCUGCAGCACCGGCACCGUGUACAAGAUCUGCGGCUGGAUGCAGCUGGCAGCAGGUACAUGUCUGAUUCUGGGCUGCAUGAUCUACCCAGACGGCUGGGACAGCGAUGAGGUGAAGCGGAUGUGCGGCGAGCAGACGGACAAGUACACGCUGGGGGCCUGCUCGGUGCGCUGGGCCUACAUCCUCGCCAUCAUGGGCAUCAUGGACGCUCUCAUCCUCUCCUUCCUGGCCUUCGUCCUGGGAAACCGCCAGGACAGUCUGAUGUCUGAGGAGCUUCUGGGAGACAGUCUCGCUGCCUAGACGUGAUGUUACUUCAGGAAUCAGCUUCCCUCUCCUGGUCCAACCUGUGGCUGGGAUGCAGAGCUGAUGUGUAGGGGAAAGAACAGAUCAAAGAAGAAGGACAAGAGGAGGUCUGGAAGAGGCCACACAGCCCUUGCUGGAGACAGGAUGCCUCUUAAUUGUCCUCUCUGAAAGCUCCCUCUGUAAAAUAGCCUUCUCAUUCAUCUCAAACUGCUUUAUUUCUGCAGGGUGAAUUCUCAAAAAAAAAAAAAAAGACUUUCUUAGAAGUUUUACCUGUGUUGGUAUGUCACUGCAUCAUCUUACCUGAGCUGUUCAAAACUGAAAUGUUCUCCAUGUGGAUGUGAGGGGGAGAGGUUUGUUCCAGUGCAAGGGGUUCAGCUGGAGAUAUAAAAAAAAGAUAUAUUAAAAAGACUUUCAGCUCCAGGACACCGGUUGGACAAACACCACUGAGCGACGGCCACUCUAAUCGAAUUAAAUCAGAGCAAAUUAUCCAGACUUUGACCGACACAAAUAAGGACUUAACAGACUCGAGGUCAAAGCUGUCAGGUCUUCUCUCUUAUCAACAAACUCCCUGCAAAAGGAGUUUUGGCUUUGACACUGACACUGUUUGACCUUUUGAUUUAAAAGGAAA